CCCUGCCUCCCCGGCCCCCGCGUCGCCCGCAGUCCGCAGAGUUCUAGCCGAAACCCCACACAGCUCCGCCUCCGCCUCCGCCUCCGCCUCCACCCAGUUCACCCGCUCACCUCCUCCCAUCCACCACCGCGCGGCGGCGCAUGGAGGCCGGCGGCGAGGAGUUCGCGAUCGGCGUUGUGAUCUCCGCGAAGACCACCCUCGGGGAGGAGUUCGAGGGCCAGAUCGUCGCCUUCGACCGCCCCUCCAACCUCCUCGUCAUCCAGGAGGGCGUAGGGAGGGCGGAGAGAGGGGAGCGGCGGAACGUGAGGGUGCUCAAGGCGAACUACAUCCGGGAGUUCUCCGUGAUUGGCAAGGGCGACGACCCGCUAGACCCGGCCGGCUGCAUGCUCGACCUCCCCGCCAUCCAUGCCCGGGAGGAGGCCGCACUCAGGCAAGCAGAGAUUGAAGCUGAGAGAAUUGGUGUCGGUGUCACCCCAGAAGCUCAAAGUAUAUUCGAUGCAUUGUCCAAGACGCUUCCAGUUCAGUGGGACAAGACUGACAUUGUUGUAAUGAAGGAGGUUCGUGUUUGCAGUCCAUACCUCCCUGAAAAUGUGAGCGGCGGAACAUCGGCUGCGAAUGAACGGGUUAGGAAAGUGGUUGACUUUGAAAGGAAAAGAUUACAUGCGCGUGUACCUGGCCAACUCGCUUAACCUAUCUGGCUUGGCUAAUUAUUUCAUUAACCCCCUUGUUCUCUAUUUCUAAUACUGUACCCAUUUGCUUAUUUUCAUCAUUUACUUUCUGAAAAAUUGUUUCAGCAAAAAUCCUUGUCAUAAUAAUCACAUCAACUAGUUAAUUAUGUACUCUUUGAUAGA